AUGGAGCGAAAAGCGUCUCAUAACCUGUUUGAGGUUUAUCUACGGCUACGGCCCCCGCCUACGCGACAUGGUGAUGGGGAUCGCAUUCUUGAUGUUGAGCCCGCUGAGGAUGGUUCACAUCCUAAGCAUAUUGUUCUGAAUCCGCCUACAGAUCGACGUAGGGCGAUUGAGAAGUUCGCGUUCACCCAGGUUUUCGAGGAAGAUGCAACCCAGCUCGAUGUCUUUCAUUGCACAGAGAUCGUCCCUUUCGUCGAAGGCGUGCUUGCGCCUGAGGGCGGCGAGGGAACAGACGCUGUCGUCGCUACCUUGGGAGUGACAGGUUCCGGCAAGACACAUACGAUCCUCGGAAGCAAGACACAACGCGGCCUGACCCAGCUCACGAUGGACGUCCUCUUCCGCUCAAUCGGCGAAAACAUUCUCGAUCCCAACGCCGCCUUCACAGCUCAAGACUCCCUUCAAGCCAUCGACGGUGCCGAGUCCUCCCUUACAACCGCGUCCCACUUCUUCGACCCUCCCUUUCGCGACUCAGUUGCUUCACGAGCGCCUUCACGCGCCGGUACACCAAUGCUUCCCGAUGGUGUUAUGUCCCCACCACCUCGACGAAUUACCGUGCGCCCCUCGGCUCUUCCACAGCUCCCCGACGUGAGCAACAUCGACAUUUCUUGCGACCCCUCGGCCGAAUAUGUUGUCAUCAUCUCGAUGUACGAAGUGCACAAUGACCGAAUCUACGAUCUCCUUACUCCCGCUGUCAAGUCCGGCGCCACAAAAGAAGUGCGACGACGUCCUUUACUCUUCAAAUCAACAGAGCUAUCGCCAGACCGAAAGGUUGUCGCUGGCCUUCGAAAAGUUAUCUGUUCCAGUUACAAUGAGGCAUUGACCGUUAUUGAGACCGGUCUGCAAGAGCGACGAGUCACCGGUACUGGCAGCAACAGUGUUUCAAGCCGAAGUCAUGGAUUCUUUGUCUUUGAAGUCAAAAAGCGAACUCGUAGCAGAAGACCUGGCCCCUGGGAAGGAAACAAAUUUACCAUUGUUGAUCUGGCAGGCAGUGAGCGUGCGCGCGAAGCCAAGACAGCGGGUGCCACUCUUGCAGAGGCUGGUAAGAUCAACGAGAGUUUGAUGUACCUAGGUCAAUGUCUGCAGACACAGAGCGAGGCUGCUAUCUCCAGCAAGCCCAACAUCGUUCCUUUCAGACAGUGCAAACUCACUGAGCUCCUCUUCUCAAACUCAUUCCCCUCAUCCUCAGCCUCUCACUCCCAAGCACCUCGCCGCAACCCUCAAAGAGGUGUUAUGAUCGUCACCGCCGACCCUCGCGGCGACUUCAACGCCACAUCUCAGAUCCUUCGAUACAGCGCCCUUGCUCGUGAAGUCACAGUCCCUCGCGUCCCCUCAAUCACAACAACCAUCCUCGCCCAACCACCACAAAUGGCUCAGAAUCGCUCCGUCAGUCCAACACAUCCUCAUCCACGACCAUUCAUGCCCGCAGGUGGAGGAUCGUAUAGAAACUUCUCUCCACCAAUGAGCUCAGAUGAACGUGCGACGAUGGAGAUUGCAGCGCUUGAGAUCGCGCGUCUUAGUGAGGAAGCGGAUCAACUGCGUGAAGAGGUUGAUCGUCAAAGUGAAGCACGAGUCGCAGCUGAAGCUCACCUUCUCACCAUGGAGGAUCGCAUGCUUGAUCUCGAAGCAGCAAUUCGCGAAGAAUGCGCCAUGGAGUUUGAGCAACGGCUUGCACUCGAAAUGGCCCGUUGGAAGAACUCCAUGGCCAUUGAGCAAGAACGUACCGAAGAGCAUUGGGACCGUAAAGUCGAAGUCCUCGAGCGCGGCCUCGCCUCUGACGAAGAUUGCGAUAAAGAGAACGUUCUUAUUGAAGAUCUCGAAGAGGAAGUGGAUCGCCUCCGUCGCGAAAACGGUAUUCUCAAGCGUGAGCUCGCUUCCCGCAGCCCCACUAAGCGCAAGCCCCUUGAGGAGCGGGAGGACUUUGCGCCUUCUUCUAAGUCAUCUCGCGGCGAUAGCAUGGCCAAUCUAGGACGCAAGCUUGAGCGUAUGCGUGUUAGCGGUGAAAAGGCACGCCCGGUACCAGUCAAUGGCAACGGCAGUCCAAAGAAGAUGCGAAAGUUGGGGACGAAAAAGUGGGAGCAUGAGGAUGAUGAGCUGGCUUAG